GAGAGGCGCCGCAGGAAGGAGGCAGGUUUCUGUAAAGCGCGUGUCAAGGCGUAAAGCUCUGCGGAGAGUCACGAGCGCGGGAAACCGGUUUCCCUCCACUGGAACUGCUAGCGGGUCCCAAUGUUGACUAGUUGAGACAAAUAUAAAUAUGGCUGUCUACUGUUAUAAUACAGUCUUAGUUAUUGCCCGAACAAGAUUCCCUAGCCAUUUUGUACAUCCUACCUGCUCUUCUUGUUUCCCAUCACUUGCAUUUCUUCACUUGCCAGAUUCCCAUUUAAAUAAAACAUAUACGAAGAACUAUGGAAGCAGGAAGUACUCCUAUCCUAGUCAGUCAGGCAAUAAAGGAUAUCACUUACGAACUAGGAUAAUACAAAAGCUACACACAUCAACUUGCUGGCUACAAAAGGUCCCUGGUGAACCUCAGCUGGAGCAACCCACCCCAGAACCCCAGGUGACAAGCUCUCAGCCCACAGAAGAAACUAGUAUGGAGACUAAGGAAGAAAAGCGAUCUUAUAGACAAAGAAUUAUGGAUGAACUUAAAUAUUAUUACAAUGGAUUCUAUUUUCUUUGGAUUGACACCAAAGUUGCUGUCAAAAUGAUUUGGAGGCUGUUGCAUGGACAGAUGCUGACCAGACGAGAUAGACGAAGGCUAUUGAGGACUUGUGUUGAUUUCUUCCGCUUGGUUCCAUUUAUGGUGUUCAUAAUUGUACCCUUCAUGGAAUUCUUAUUACCAGUGUUUCUGAAGUUCUUCCCAGAGAUGUUGCCAUCAACUUUUGAAAGUAAAUCGAAAAAGGAAGAAAAACAGAAAAAGAAAAUGGCUGCAAAGUUGAAACUAGCAAGAUUUCUUCAAGAAACAAUGACAGAAAUGGCAAAGAGGAAGAGGACCAGGCUGGGAGAGGCCUCUACACAGUUCUCAUCCUAUGUCGAACAGGUCCAAAUAGGCCACAAGCCCAGCACAAAGGAGAUAGUUCGCUUUUCCAAACUGUUUGAAGAUGAGCUCACCCUGAACCACUUAGAUCGCGCACAGCUGGUCGCCCUUUGCAAACUGCUAGAACUGCCGUAUUUUGGAACCAACAAUUUGCUCCGCUUUCAGCUUCGGAUGAAACUGAAGUCUAUAAAAGCAGAUGAUGAAGUAAUUGCCGAAGAAGGGGUGAGUGCUUUGAGUGUGCCAGAACUACAGUCCGCAUGUAGGGCCCGAGGGAUGCGAUCACUGGGUCUCACUGAGGAGCAGCUGGUGCAACAGCUCACAGAGUGGCAGGACCUCCACCUGAAGGAGAACGUCCCUCCUUCUCUUUUGCUCCUGUCACGAACCUUCUAUUUGAUAGAUGUGAAGCCAAAGCCAAUUGAGAUCCCACUAAGUGGAGAGGCUCCGAAGACACAUAGUCCUGUGGAAUCACCUACUUCACCUGAGUCUAAAGAGAACUUGGUGGACUUAGCACCUCAACUGAAGGGAACUAAGGAUGAAAAAUUUAUGAAACUGCCACCAAUUACAUCAUCACCCAUAACACCAUCAACACCUAUUUCAUUACCUAAAGGAUCCGUAACUUCUGCUAAAGAAGCUACUCUCCAGGCCAAAUCACAGACAACUCAGAGCAGCACCACUAGUUCCAAAGGAGCCCUGGAGGAUGAAGCGCAUGCUCUCAGCUUCCUGCCCUCAGCAGUGGCAUCCGUAAAGGACCUCCCAGCUAAGACUGUGUCUCGUUUGAGUAGAGGAUCAGGGGCAGUCCUUUGAGACCUUGUAAACACUCCUGAUGAUGUCAGCAGUCAGACCCAGUUCAGACCAUUUAGAAAACUAUAAUUGCAAAGCCCAUUUCCUUGAUGUCAUUAUGUCAUCCCACUAAACUUUGUGUAAAGCACCCCCCACCCCAUGUUAUUUGUAACAGCUUCGUAUUUGUGCCCAUGUCCUCCCUUUAGGGGAGGAAAUUUUUUUUUGCAUAAUGGAAUCAGCUUAGUCCUUAGAUAACUCUGCCUCCUAUGACUUGGCAGUCUGAGUAAGAACUUAGAAACUCCAACCACCAUUGUGAGAGCACCUCACCAACUCGUUCAGAGUGAUCCGCCAGUAGGAACAGUGCUCUGGAAACAAAGUGCUUAUGAGAUGGAAUGGACAUUCCUCAGUGAGGUCUUUCUGGAUAUAAAGGAAAAACUUCCUGGAGAAUAAAAUGGGGAAUUAGACUGGCAAUCAAAAGAGGUUUGGCUGCUGCUUGGCUGUUCUGAGACUUCCCCUCUGGGUCUGCAGGAAUCCAGGAGGCGGCCAUGAUUCUAGCACAUAUGGCUUUCAUUAGUCACCAUUUUGCUAGGAAGCAUAAUUAAGGGUUUAAGACUUAACCAUUUGUUUUUGCUGGGUGUGUGUUUUUCUGGUCUGUUUGUCUUUCACAAACAAGACUAUUUAUUAGUCAUAGGGGUGGUUAAAGUCUGAUAUAAUCCCUAUGCUACCCUGUAACAAAUAUUAUGUUCAGAUAUUUGUUUGGUGUUUUCUGUAUUGUCAAAAUGGGAAAAAAACACACAACAUAAUAGGUUGCUGUGCAGCUGACCCACAGCCUUUUUCCCUUGGGGAGCGCUUAGGAGGGAAAAGGUAUUUCAGCCUGUGGGUGAUGAAAUUAGAUCGCUUUACUUGCUGUGAAAUUGAGAGCAGUUGGAUGGGAAUCAGUCAAACCAAAUAAAAUGCAAAUAUCCUUGUCUGGGAUCACCUAAAUGAGGACCGUCAUCAGCAUUUCAUGGCAAGGAUGUGUGCUUUUAUAAGCUUCCUAAACAUCCUCUCCACGAGACGACAAGCCCCACCAUGUUCUGCUACUGAACUCCGUCCUAUUCCUUGCGAAGAAUGAAUCCCUACUAUGCAGCAUUCCAUGGAUCUCCCCAUUGGACUAACAAGGUGAUUCAUAAUAAAUGUCCCCACUUUUAAAAUGUUGGGUGUUUAUUUUAAUGAGUUCCAAUUUCAAGUGUUGAGUGUGGGAAAGGGAUUAGCUACUUAACUUGUCGAAUCCUGUUCUGGCUGAAUGAUUCAUAUCUGCUGUUGGACUACAAUCUUUCUGGCUUUCCCUAUGAGCAGAGUAAGAAUGAUUAAGUCAAGGGGCCCCUGGUCAGCGGGAUUAUUAGCAGAAUGAGAAUGAGUAGGUCAAGGGGCUCCUGGUCACUUUUGGCCCCAGUUGGCCUUCACCCAUUUUUGCUUCUUAAACAGGCAUCUAAGACACAUGGUACACCUCCCUUCCCCUUCUUAUGAUAGUAGCUCAGAGAAGUUGAGAUAGUUCCU